GGAAAUUUGAGAGCGUGAGGUUGAGAUUUCGCCCGUGUUCAGCUGAGCUCGGACAGGACGUGAGAGUGACUGUAUCUGUGCGCUCGAGCAGUAAGAGCAGCUGGGCUGAGAGGAGAGAUUCUAGUCAGGUGACUCCAUGGUCAAGAGCAGUCAGUGGAGAAGUGGACACAGCGGCGUGAGGACAUUGUCUCGGACCACGGCUACAGACACACACCCACUAUAACACACUCGCACACACUUCAACAGGCACGCAGUUUGUUUUAACCAGGCCAAUCAUUGCAUUUUACCCCACUUCAUUGUUUCAGUUGUGGGGAACCAUUUAGUCGCGGCAUCCAGACAUUCGUGAGAGACUUAACUAUCCUCUUUACACCUGUUACCAAGUUAUUGUACAUUCCUUAAAUAAAUAUUUAUUUUCCUCCUUGUUCUUGAGAAAGAAGCCUAACUGACCAAACGUCCACCCGAGAUCCACACACCCCUCUCUCAUGGGAGUAACAUAGAGACCAGCCUAGCACAGACACUUACUCUCUCUCACACACACACACACACACAAACAUCUGCACCUUGUUCAAGAUGCCCUCCUCCUCCAGUGUGAUUAGCUGUGGAGGGAUGUGGCUCUUGUGGUGAUUGGAGGGGGGAGUGGAGUUGAGCUGGACUCAUGUCUUGGAAGAGAAACUACUUUGCGUCAGGCAGCAGUGGGCUGCAGGGGAUGUUUACCCCUCGCACCAUGACCUCCAUCGCUCCCAGCAAAGGCCUGAGCAACGAGCCGGGUCAGAACAGCUGCUUCCUGAACAGCGCACUACAGGUCCUUUGGCAUCUUGACAUCUUUCGCAGAAGCUUCAGGCAGCUGAACACCCACAAGUGCAUGGAGGACUCGUGCAUCUUCUGCGCUCUUAAGAGCAUCUUUGCCCAGUUCCAGUUCAGCAGUGAGAAGGUGCUCCCAUCAGAUGCUCUGCGCAGCGCUCUGGCCAAAACCUUCCAAGACGAGCAGCGCUUCCAGCUAGGCAUCAUGGACGAUGCAGCCGAGUGUUUCGAGAACCUCCUGAUGCGGAUCCACUUUCACAUCUCGGAUGAGACCAAGGAGGACAUCUGCACGGCCAAGCACUGCAUCCCACAUCAGAAAUUUGCCAUGACACUUUUUGAACAGUGUGUUUGUAAUAAUUGUGGAGCCACGUCGGACCCUCUUCCCUUCAUUCAGAUGGUUCACUACAUCUCCACCACCUCUCUGUGUAACCAAGCUGUGCGAAUGCUGGAAUGUAAAGAGAAGCCCACGCCUGACAUGUUUGGAGAGCUUCUCCGCAACGCCAGCACCAUGGGUGACCUGCGAAACUGUCCGAGUAACUGUGGAGAGAUGUUGCGGAUCAGACGUGUUUUGAUGAACUGCCCGGAGAUCAUCAGCAUCGGCCUGGUGUGGGACUCGGACCAUUCUGAUCUGGCUGAAGACGUCAUCCACAGCUUGGGGACGUGCCUGCGGCUGGGUGAUCUGUUCUACCGUGUGACGGAUGAGCGGGCCAAGCAAUCAGAGCUCUACCUUGUGGGUAUGGUGUGCUAUUACGGCAAGCAUUACUCCACCUUCUUCUUCCAGACCAAGAUACGCAAGUGGAUGUACUUUGAUGAUGCACAUGUGAAGGAGAUCGGUCCCAAGUGGAAAGACGUGGUGUCACGAUGUAUAAAGGGCCACUAUCAGCCGCUCCUGUUGCUGUAUGCUGACCCCCGGGGGACGCCCGUGUCAUCGCAGGACACACUGGCUGCACAGCUUGACCUGCACCAGAGCAGCAAGGCUGGAUAUGAUAGCGAAGACUCCGGGAGGGAGCCCUCAAUUUCAAGUGACACACGCACAGACUCUUCCACAGACAGUUACAGCUACAAGCACUCUCGAUCACACCAUGAGUCCAUGGCCUCCCAUUUCUCUUCUGACUCUCAGGGAACUGUGGUGUGUAAUCAGGACAGUAGAAGUUCCCAGAACAGCAUGGACACUUCAGGGGAGAUGCUUAAAGAGCAGGCCACUACGCCAAGGCCCUCUUCUACUUGCCAUCUGCAGGACUAUAAAGAGACUGUGAAUAUGAUUCACAGCAGACCUCUCUCAUCAUCCUCUAGUUCAGGGGUGGGCGGCUCAGAGGCUGGGGCGCGGGCGAGGGACUGGGAAGACGAGAGCACCAGCAGCGAGUCCAAGUCCAGCUCCAGUGGAGGGCGCUAUCGACCAACAUGGAGACCCAGAAGAGAGGCCCUGAAUAUUGACAGCAUCUUUAGCCAGGACAGACAUCGGCUGGGUGGCUACGCCACACUCGGGCCGUCCCCGCUGCCGGAAGACGUGGUGUCCCCAAUGCAGGGAGAGCUAACCUCAGGGGCCGCUGCAGAGGGGUUGAGCACAGCAGCAACAGAGACAGACAACACAAUCGAUGACACGGAGGGCAUAUUGGAGACAGGGGUGGAGCGUCUACCAAUCCCGCCCCUUUUAAGAGGCGUGGAGCAGCAGCCGCGGCUGAUCCAGAGGAUGGAGAGUGGAUACGAAAGCAGUGAGAGAAACAGCAACAGCCCCAUCAGCAUGGACAUGCCACUCAGCGACAACCCAAGCACCAGUGCUCACAGGGACAGCGGAAGUAAGAGGCCUGUAACUUCAGGACCCUCCUGGCGCACAGUGCCCAAGUCCAAAAGCAGCAGUGCCAUCCUGCAAGACCUCAAAUCCCCCACAUGGAGCAGCGCUUCACUCAGUUUGGGAGAGGGUCGCAGUGAGCUAGAUGAGUUGCAGGAGGAAGUUGCACGCAGAGCCAGGCAGCAGGAGCUGCAGAGGAAGAAGGAGAAGGAGAGAGAAGUAGCCCAGGGCUUCAACCCCAGACCCAGCAAGUUCAUGGACCUGGAUGAACUUCAGCACCAGGGGAAGGGGGGCAGUUUCGAGCACUGCCUGGCGGAGGCUGACUCUCUGUUAGAGCAGUCGCUGCGCCUGGAGCAGGCUGGGGACACAGCUACAGCCCUGGUGCUCUCCCAUCACGCUGUGUCUAAACUAAGAUUUUCCAUGCAUGAGGGCAGUGCUAACACUCAUAGCAGGACUAUGGCUGCUGACACCAAGCUGCAAAAAUGCAUGAGGAGAGCACGGGGCCUACAGCAGCGCAUGCAACAACAACAAGAGCAGCAGCAGGAGCCCAGCCAGCCACAGGGGCUCACCAGUGAACAAUUUGGCUCGGUCCAAGUACUGUUGACAGACAAUCAGGAAGAGGUCUGGGAGACCAGUCAGGAUACUGUGCUUGGCCCACCCUCUCCUCAACAUAUGAAAACACCCUCCUCUUGUACAAAUUCCCCAUCUCAACCCAACAGCCACCCAAUACUGAGCAAUGCCUGGCCUGCCUCUUCUCAGCCACAACCCCAAGAUCCCAAUGAAGGUAGCAACUGGUCAAUGCAGAAUGAGGAUGAAUGGGGUGGCAUCAGAUUAUCAGAUGUUCUCCAGACAUCAGGUGUUCGUAUCAAGCCCAUUCGCAAGCAUCUGGCCAUAUCUCUGCCUUCUUUGCCUCUUGACUUCUGGGGUGUGUUGGGUAAGGAUGAAGAGGUCUCCAGCCAUCAGCAUCCUCAAAAUUUGAGCUCUCAGUCUUCAUCCCCAAAUCCACCCUUGUGGAAAGGCACUGCAGAUAAUCCAGACUGGAUACACCAAACCAGCAGGACCACCAGUCCACUACCCAUACACCCUCAUGCUGAGGAGAAGGGCCAGAUGCUCAGACAAGCCCCCAUAUGGCAUCCCCUAUGCACAGCUUCCCAGCCACGCUCACCUGUCCUGUCUCACUCCAGUUCCAGACUGACCCCUUUUGUUGCUGCUCGUCAUUGGUCCUCCUGGAGCCUAGACCGCCCUGAUGCUGUCGUAACACCUUAUGAGACGCCUCCUGACCAGAACCACCAGACAGGAACCCUCUCUCAACUCACACCGGGAGGGCACCUGCCUCCUCAUAGUCCCAUGAGCACCAGAAAAAAGAGUGGCCCUAAGCACUCCAACUUCCAGAAUGCCCCAAGCAUGGAGCUGGAACCCACAGAGGCUGAGGACCAGGAACUUUCUGAACUAGACUCGCUCUACCAAGCUAGUCUCCAGGCUGGCCCCAGUCCUGGCCACGCCCUGCGUGGUAACAGCUCACCUGGGAGACUAGUUCAUCCUGCUGCACGGAAGCUGCACACUGGAGUGGGACGCUCUAGGACCCCCACAGCUGAGCUUGAAAGAACAGCUUAUGGACCACCAGGUUGUUACAGCCCCACUGGAUAUAUUAACAUGCCCCUGUCAGUGGCCAAUCAAGGGCUACAGUCAGGAGAGGAAGACCACUAUGAUGUGGAUCACCUGCGUCGCAUUGCCCGCAGCCUCAGUGGAACCGUCAUCGGGCGAAGCCAGAACCGUCUUGCCGUCUCCCGAAGCUUUGACAUGUCUAGAGGUUCUCCAAGUUUCUGGCUGUGUUUGACCGGUGUCAAGAUCUCUCCAGUGGGCAGCACUACAGUCCAGCACUGAGGUGUCACAGAUGUCUUUGAGGACAGUCUUUCUUGGUUUCUCAGCCCAACCGCUGGGACCAUCUUCCAUUGCUCAGUUGGCUUUGGACACAACCAGGGAAAACAUGGUCCUCCAGCCCUGGAAGUUCCCCAAAGAUGCAUCUGUUCUCCGGGAUACCAUUUCUGCAGACCCAAUUCCAUGUUCCCCUUGUUUUUUUGGAGUUUUGGCAGGAGCACGUCUCUUAUCCAGGCCUGAUGCCCACCUCAGUCACCUUGCACUUUGUAUAGUUCCUGGUACAAUUUCUUCUAGACUUCCAUUACCUUGUUCUAGUCCUGCACAGCAGUAGAUCUUUCCAUGCAAAAGCUCCCCAAAGCUCACUCCACAGCAUGAAGGAGAACAAUACAGAAACAAUCUUUUUUUAUUAUUAUUAUGAGGUGUAUGUACAGCACUGGGAUGGCGUUACACCAUGGGUAUCUCUCUGGGGCUAAGGUGUGUGUGUGUGUGUGUAUGACUAAUCUGCGGUCAGCCCUGCAGCAUGCAAUGAUAGGAGUGUGGGGUUCAGACUCACACCCCCCACAGUGAGCCAUCAAAGCCAGGGCACUUACUGAAAUGCUUUUUAACCGAAACAUUCAGUUAUUUGCAGAGGAGAAGCAGACCUCAAUGCUGCACUUAAUGGUAAAUGUGUGUGUGUGUGUGUACGCGUGUGCGCAUGUGUAUGUGAAAGUUAAGUGAAGUUUUUUAAUCCGUAAUUUUGUCUUGUUUUCCAGUAUAAAUAUUUAAACAUCCUUAAAACCUAACCCUAACUAGCUCUAACCCUAAAGAUACAUUUACCUGAAAGGCAUAACUGUGUAAAAUGUGUAAUGUGUAAAAAAUAUUUUUUCCCCCUAAACAAAUUGGCAAUUUGGUUAUUGUUUAAAGCAUAAAUCUAACAAAAAUGAAUGAUGUUUAUGCUAAAAAAUAAGGAUAAAAAACAAUAUAGUGAGAAAAAAUUUCAAAUUCAAGAUAUAUUCUCUGAAAAUACUGUCUUAUUAUCUUACGCAAUAAAUUAAUCUUGUUUUAAGCAUGCUUUGAAACUUUUUACUAGAAAACAAGGCAUAAGUACUGAUUAAGAAAAUGUUUUUUGCAGUAUGUGUGUGUGUGGGAGGAAAGGGGAGGGGCUUAUUUUAACUCCACCCUCUUCAUAUGUCGAAAAAUACACAUACUCUUCCUCCUCACCUGUCCCACAGAUGCAACACCAUACCAACCAACAUAUCGGAAUUACCAAAACGUCCAACUGUCUAACAUUACUUGGCUGAAUGUUGUCUUCUCCCCAACUCUCCUGCGAAACAACUUUUUAUUCGGUGUAGUUGGAUGGGUUAAUGUAAUCUAGAUGCUAAGUACGUAUACCUGUAAAAAGUGAAGAGAGAAGAGAUGUUUUAUAUGAUGUUAUCUCUCAGAUCUGGUGCUUUUCCUCAGAGCAGGCAUGUAAAUCUGUGGCCCUGGCAUGGAGAGUGGACAGAACCUUUUUCUUCUAACCUUUUUCUCAUACUUCUCUGAUACGGGCAUUCCCUGUAGCACACAGCUGUUUUGUGUCUCGUGUUACAGGCAAAGACUGUACAUGUUUGACUGAACAUACACUAAUAAAUGAAUUUAUUGUUUAAAAAAGCAUACAAACUGAAAUCUUAAGAAAUGUACAGAGGAAUGGAGAAACUACGUAAUGACGUUAUGGAAUGUUAAUCAAUUCUAGUAGUAAUAAUUAUUAUCUGCAUUAAGACAAGUAUAGUACACUUCAGAAGUGUAAAGCUGGAGAAAAACUGCUUUUUUAAUUCCAUUGACAGUUCUCCCGUUUAUACAGGGAGAUAUGCCAAGUUAAGCUUCCUUUUUAUUUUAUAACUAUGAGUCUGGUACAAGCAUUCUAAAGGCACUGGGUGGGAAAUCAGGCUUGUAAUAGUAAAGAGAACUCAUACCAUUUGUUGUUUGUAGAAUCUAUGUUGUUCCUAGAUUUUACUUUAAAGCAACAUAGCUGAAGAAUGUCUGGCCCUGAAGGCUUAGAAACGUUCAAAUAUGGAUAGCAUAAAGCUUACACAAAGCAUCACUGGUAUUUUUGGAAAUGUUAAUAAUAAAUGGGGCCUUGAGAAAACAAUGCUUUCAUACUGCAAAUCAUAUAAAUGUGAUAAGAUUUGUUGGAUUUAUUAACGAAGACCUGAUACUAAUCAACAAAUGUUUAAUAUCACGUUAUAGUAUGAUUAAUGCAGUAUUUAACUUUUCCAUUCUAAUCAUAUUGUGCUGAUAUGCAUUAUUCUUUUUUUUUUCAUUAAAAGCCUUUUAUGAGCACUAAAAUGAAAAUUGUUAUCAAAGAAAUCACUUUAAAGAGUUCUAGAAUAGAUCUUAUUUACCUUUGUCUUAACCAAAGAUUGGCACUAACACAAAGAUAUAAGCUUGUUUUUAUUUUUACUUCAUUGGUCAUUUGUUAUUUUUUUCCUUUAAAAGAUGGUUGAGAAUGUAGAAAAGGUGGUGUACGAGUAUGCUAUGCAAAAUGCUCUCUCCUGAACUACCAGCAAAGAGUCAGACUGGGACAAACUCAAAUAUUUUUCUUAUUUUUUUCCUAUGUAUGGAGGAAGUAAAUGAUUUCCUGCUGAAUUGUUGAAUCUUUACUUAUUAAUGUCUGUACAGUUAACAGCAUUUGAAUGCGAGUUGUAGCAAGUGAGAGGUGCAUUUCUCAAAGAUGAAAUGGUAUAUCAGGGGUUUUCCUUUUUGGGACUCAUUUGUAAAUGCUUGAGGUUGAGUGAACUUGCAUUUUUGCAAUAAAGUUAUUACCGAUGCACUCCAUCAGGGGGCGCUGCACA